GUGUUUAUUGAGAUGAACUAUUUAUUGAUUAUUAUGGAAACAAGGAAAAUUAAAAAACAAUUACUUAAUUUAUACAAAGUAGUGUGACGCUUUUCGUACAAUUUUCUCAAGUUGGUAUAAAGAGCUUCCAGAGAUAAUAUUUUACUUCUUGUUUGAGUCAAGAUCCAGAUCGUUAUUUGCAGAUUCCACGGAGAUUUAAAAAUAGAGAAAAAAAUUCCAUUAUUUUAAGGAGAGUGGAUUUAUAGAAAUUCGACUGGAAAUGAUUUAACAUCAAAGAAUAAACAGUGAUAGAAUAAAAGAAUCUAUUUAUAGGAGACAAAAAUCAGUUUAUUUAAAAAAAAAUAAAGGAUAUAUCGAAAUGGAUUCAGUGGCAACUCUGGUUGCAUUUCUAGCAGCAGGCACGACCCUCAUAUUCGGAUGUGAAAGAUUUUCCAGCAACAGAGGUGACAGUUUAUAUUGUAUUUGUGAUUCAAAUUAUUGUGACAAAGUUCCAAGUAUAUCGAAACCGUCGGAUGAUUCAAGAUAUAGUUUAGUUUCAUCUAACAAGGAAGGUCUUCGAUUCUACGUUACUAAUGGGACAUUUAUUGGUAGACUACAUGGAAACGUUCCCUUGCGAAUAACAAUCAAUAAAGGUCAGACAUUUCAAAAUAUUUCGGGUUUCGGAGGAGCCCUGACAGAUUCGACUGGAUUUAAUAUUAAAUCCUUGACUAAUGAUGUGCAAGAUAAACUUUUGGGAUCUUAUUUUGGAUAUGAUAGUAUCGAAUAUAAUAUGGUGAGAGUUCCAAUCGGAACAACCGAUUUUUCUCCAAGGCCCUACAGUUAUGCAAUGUCAGAAUAUGAUGUCGGUCUGGAACGUUUUUCUCUAACUAGUGAAGAUAAUGUUUACAAGAUACCAAAUUUAAAAAAGAUUAGUUCACUAUCUCUGAGGAAUUUGAAAUUAAUAGCAUCUCCAUGGACGCCAAGUCCCUGGAUGAAAACUCAAGCAACUUGGACUGGGAAGAGUAUCCUACGACGUGAAUAUUGGCAAACAUGGGCUAAUUACUUCGUAAAAUUCUUCCAAGCGUAUGAAAAGAAUAAUUUUAAAUUUUGGGCACUCACGCCUCAAAAUGAGCCAAGAGUGGCAUUUUCCACAAUUAGAAUACCAAACAUGGGUUGGGAAGCAGAAGAUCAACGAGAAUGGAUAACAAGAUUUUUAGCACCAAAUUUAAAGAGUUCAAAAUUGGAUUACUUGAAAAUUAUUAUCGGCGAUGGUUCAAGACAAAUUUUACCUGAUUUUGUCAGACCAAUUUUAAACUCUAGGGAAGCAAAAGAUGUGAUCUCCGGCAUUGCCGUCCACUCUUAUUUCAAUAACAAUACUGCACUUAAUUUUCUUGACAGGAUUCACACACUUUACCCGGAUAAAUUUCUACUCUCCACUGAAAAUUCAGCAAUACUUCAAGGCAACCAAGAAGUUAAACUAGGUUCGUGGAGUCGCGCAGAAGAUUAUGCUAACAGUAUAAUUAACAACUUAUCCCAUUGGGUCACCGGUUGGAUUGACUCAAACAUGGCUUUAGACUUGCAAGGUGGUCCCAACUGGCUAAACAGAUUUGUAGAUUCCCCAAUAAUAGUAAAUGCAUCAGCAAAUGCAUUUUACAAGCAACCAACAUACUACGUAAUGGGUCAUUUCUCAAAAUUUGUACCACCAGACAGUAAGAGAAUUAAUAGCAUUAAAAGAGGUUCAGCUAAAAUUAAAUCAAUUGCAUUUUCAACCCCUGACAAUGCAACAGUGAUAAUUCUCUUAAAUCCAUACAGAAAUAGACGUGAAGUUUUAAUAGAAGAUGUAAUAAAAGGAAGUGCAAGAGUAAUUCUUCCGGCAAAAUCAAUAAACAGUAUGAUAUACUGGUAAAAAUGGAUAAAAUAAUAACUAAUUAGAUGCGGCUAAUUAGAUAAUUUUUUUUAAUCAUAAAAUUUUUAUGUACAUUUCUUUUUUUUCUAAAUAAAUAAAUAAAUGAUCCGAGUGGUCUCAAUAAAUCUUUGUUUUGCAAAUA